AUGGGCGGCAACAACAACGAAAAUGGAUCACGGAAAGCCAUCAUUUGUGUUCUUGAUGCAUCAACCUAUGUGGGUUUUUGGAUUCUCAAAGGGCUAUUGGGUAAAGGUUACACGGUUCAUGCAGCUCAGAUAAAGGGAUCAGAGACAGAGAUAGAGAAGAAAAUUAAGGAAAUGGAAAGUGUAGAGAAGAAAUUAUCAGUUUUUAGUGUGGAUAUACUUGAUUACCAUACCAUUCUUGUUGCUUUGAGGUGUUCUGCUUUGUUCUGUUGUUUAGAGAGUCCUGAUAGUUAUGAUAACUCAAUUGUGGAUUUGGAGGUGAGGGGAGCAAUCAAUGUAGUUGAGGCCUGUGCACAAACAGAUGGCAUGCAGAAGAUUGUGUUCACUUCUUCCUUAACUGCAGCUAUUUGGAGAGAAAACAUUUGUUCACAGAAAGAUGUAGAUGAGAGGUCUUGGAGUGAUCAAGAUUUCUGCCGCAAAAUGAAGUCAGCCCUUGAUGUCUUGUUUAUGUGCAGUUGGUAUGCCCUUGCUAAAACACUGUCCGAGCAGGCUGCUUGGGCACUUGCCAUGGAUCGAAUGCUUAACAUGGUUUUGUCAACGCUGGACUAG